ACCACCGUUUAGCAUCCGUUACCACUUCCUCAGAGCCUUCACUACUACCCUAAACAAAAAUCCCCCAUUUCUCUCUCACACAGUCUUCUCUCUGAGUUUAAGCAAAUACCCAAUUAAUUGAUAGGGUAAAUAAUUAACUCCCAAUAAAUUUCUCUUUCUUUUUCCAUUGAUCGUAGAAUAGUUGGGUUUUUUUUUUAUUGGUGCAGAAAGAAGUGAUUUUUUUCGAGGGUAGGGGUGGAAAUGGCGAACGUGGUCGAUGCGGCGGGAGAACCGAUACCGACAUCGUCGGUGCUGAUGUCAGCAGCAAAGCACAUAGAAAUUAAAUGUAUGCCUGAAAACGUGGAGUUCCUAAAGUGCAAGAAGAAAGAUCCAAACCCUGAGAAAUGUCUCGAUCAGGGCCGCCAAGCUACUCGUUGCGCCCUUGGCGUGCUAAAAGAUCUUUAUCACAGAUGCAAAGACCCCAUGGAAGGUUAUGUCGGAUGCAUGUAUUACUAUACAGACGAAUUUGAUUUAUGUCGCAAACAGCAGCAAGCUUUUGAGAAAGCAUGCCCUUUGGAGUGAUUGGCGAACAAACAUUCCUAGUCCAUGCUUGAAAUAAGUUAGGCAGACCAGUUUGCAACGAGCAAAAACUGUUGUUGUCCUGUAUUUAUCCAAAAAGCAUCGUCUCCCUUUUGCAUGGUUAAAGAUUGUUCUUGGGAUUUUUUUCCAACUGAAAAUGACUACACUGCCAUUUUUGAACAUAAUCCAUGAUGGUUGAUUCAUUCAUGAUCUUUUCUCUUCCUUUUUUUUUUCUUUUUUUUGGUCUUUUCUGAUCAGCUACCAAAGGAAAUAUAGGCUUCAAGAAACAAAACCAGGAAAACCUUGGCUGCUAUGCUAUUAGAAUUCUUUAACCAAAUUGAAGGAACAUAAUCCGAAAUGAACAGGAGAGCUUGGUCUAGCACAUCUUCAGCCUGGUGUCCCUUCUUGAACAAAACACAAUUGAGUUGGUAAACUGGGAAUGUUGUCCUGGUUGAUCAGCAUCUGACAACUUCUUAGCUCUCUUUGCCCAACUUUCUAAAACCUCAAAUUAUCUUUUUCUUGGACAAUUCCAACAAAUCUGUGCCUGUAAAUACUUUAAUUGGCUUCCUUUGUUUGAGGAUGAUUCUUUCUUUGGCCAAAUAUAAGCUCUAAAUUCUUUCUUUCUUAACUGUAUAGUAUAAUGAAAAGAUAUUAAUCUUAACAAAUUUUCUCAUAUGAUAAAAAAAAAAGGAUAAGGAACUCCUAUGAUCUAAUCAUCUCAUGAACAUUUUAGCUGGUGAGUUCAUUGAAUGGCAGCAAGCCUCACAAACCCAAAGUCAAAGAAGAAGACCCCAUGCAAU